CCCCCGCCCCCCGCCGGCCGGCUCCCCUCCCCCGGCCGCUGGCUAGCUCGCUCUCAACGCUGCAGAGGCUCGGAGGCGGUGGCGGCGACUCCCUCAUCCCCUCCCUCGGGUGUCGGUCGGUCGGUCGGUCAGUCCGUGCGUGCGUCUGUCCGUUCGGCCUCAGUCCGGCCCGCAGCAUGGCCGGAGUCAGCUUCAGCGGCCACCGCCUGGAGCUGCUGGCGGCGUACGAGGAGGUGAUCCGGGAGGAAAGCGCGGCCGACUGCAUGCAGAGGACUUUAUGUCCACAUCCAGCAGAGUAUGUGGGCGAGCUGGAGCUGGGAUGGAUGUCAGAACACUAUCCAGUCCACAGGCCAUAUUCAGCCAGUGCUUGCUGUGGCUUAAGCUGGCUAAAAGACAGGGUGCUCCAGACGGUCCUGGGUGCCUGGUUAGAUGUGGAAGUAAGCGAAGCAGGUUUCCAAGGCCUGGCCGGUCUGGGGAUGAGGUGGCUGAAGACACUGAAGGAGAAGAGAAGGCUGCGUAGCCGGGUACUGAGGGGAGCAAAGCGCCACCUUCGAGAUCCUUCUGGGUUGUGGAAAAGAUGCUCAGGACAUUGUCCCUUUGGUUUCCAGGGUGACCAGCGAGAUGAAGAGGAAGAGUCCCAGAUGAAGAAGUCAGAAUCUGAGGUGGAGGAGGCAGCUGCCAUUAUUGCCCAGCGACCCGAUAACCCACGGGAGUUCUUUAGACAGCAAGAACGUGUUGCGUCCGCCUCUGCUGGCAGCUGUGAUGUGCCCUCACCCUUCAACCACCGACCAGGCAGCCACCUGGACAGCCACCGGAGGAUGGCACCUACACCCAUUCCAACCCGGAGCCCGUCGGACUCCAGCACAGCCUCCACCCCUGUUGCUGAGCAGACUGAGAGGGCCCUGGGUGAGGUGACAUCCUCACAGCCGCCACCCCCACCUCCACCACCCCCACCAGCUCAAGAGGCCCAGGAGUCUACCCCCAGACUGGACGGUGGAGAGACCAGCAAGGAGGCUGAAGCCGCAGCAGCCCCUCGGGCCUGGGCUGGGUGUGCGGAGGAGCCCCCUCAGGCACAGGAACCUCUCCGGGUGCACAGCAGCCCCAUGGAGGACUUGAUGUGCACAGAAUGCCCAGAGCAGGCUGUCCUGGCCGCCCCUGCAGAGCCUGCUGCCUCUGUUCCCUCAGUAGCUGAUGCCCAUGCAGCUGACACCAUUGAGACCACCACUGCCACCACCAACACCACUAUUGCCAACAAUGUCACCCCUGCCACUGCCGGCCUCGUUGAUCUAUGGCCUGGCAAUGGGGAAGAGGCCUCAGCACCUCAGGCUGAGCCCAGGGUGCCCACACCACCCUCAGGUGCAGAGGCCUCCCUGGCAGAGGUACCUCUGCUGGAUGAGGCAGCUCAGGAGACGCUGCCACCAGUGGGCGAAGGCUGUGCCAACCUUCUUAAUUUUGAUGAGCUGCCAGAGCCUCCAGCCACCUUCUGUGACCCAGAGGAGGAAGUAGAAGGGGAGCCACUGGCUGCCUCCCAGGUCCUAACUAUGCCCUCAGCUCUAGAGGAGGUAGACCAGGUCCUGGAGCAGGAGCUGGAGCCAGAACCUCACUUGCUGACCAAUGGAGAGACCACUCAAAAGGAGGGGACCCAGGCCAGUGAAGGAUACUUCAGUCAAUCACAAGAGGAAGAGUUCGCCCAAUCAGAAGAGCAGUGUGCAAAGGCUCCGCCCCCUGUAUUCUACAACAAGCCUCCAGAAAUCGACAUCACCUGUUGGGAUGCAGACCCAGUACCUGAAGAGGAAGAGGGCUUCGAGGGUGGUGAUUAGUAGCGGCGACUGUCCCCUGGCUGCCUUCGCCAAGGCUCCCACCUGCGGCAGCCUCUGGCCAGUCGGCUUGCAGCUCCUGCGUUAGCAGCGCCCGCCUGGCACCCACUCUGGACUCCGGCGCUGGCCGGCGUUGGUCUGCUCCCCUACCCACAGGGCCCGACUUUUACAGCUCUUCUCUUUUUUUUAAAGUUGAUAGACUUGUACAGUUGACUGGUUUUCCUCCCGUUGGUAGUUGAGAUAAUGUUGCAGAUUCUACCCCCUUCCUACCCAGACCAGAUUGUAGCUUAGUCUCUCUGCUCGGCCGGCCAGGGUGGAGGCCUCACCCUGCUUGGGACCUGGUGGGGGUUGGGGGUUCUGGUGGGAAAAUGUCCCCCAUCACUUUUCCUAGUUUUAUGUUUCUUGGAAAAAUAUCACUUUGUAUUCUCUAUCCAGGGCUUCAGAUAUUUUGCACGAAUUUUAAAACAUGGCAAUAAAUGGCUCGUGGGCUCUGGCUCCCUGGGACCCUCCCCUUCUCUUCGUCCUCGCUGCUUGGUGGAGAGGAAUUAUCAGGCCCACCUGGGGCCCCUUGGCUUCCCGCCCUCUCCUGCCGGGCAGGUCCCAGGCUGGAGGUCCUAGGCGUGACUCAAGUCAGGGCUUAUAGAUGGGACCCAGGGGUUUGGGUGGCCCCUCCCCAAUUCCUUCCUCUCUGCUUAGGUUCUUUUUCACAUUAACCCCCUCCCCCUUCUCUUCUUUUUUUUUUAAAGCACAAACUUAUGUAAUGGGGCGUGCUCAUGUCUGUUAAUAAAGAAAUCCAGAUCCC